AUGGGAAAUGUAAUUAUCUUCAAAGUCGUUAGUUUACCUCCAAUAAUUCACUCAAUAGAGAUGGGAAAGGUUGCAGUUUUUGUUUUCGUUGCUCUCUCAGUCCUGGCUCUAGUUCUUGGGUUAGCCCAGAGCUUCGAGUUCGAAGCGAGGGAGCUUGAGACAAAAGACAGUCUGUGGGAGUUGUAUGAGAGGUGGACCAAACAUUUCAAGGUUUCUCGAGACCCCUCUGAGAAGCAAAUGCGUUUGAGUUUGUUCAAAGAUAAGGCAAACUACGUUCAUGAAUUCAAUAAUAAGAAGGAUAGAACCUCAUACGAGUUGGAGCUGAACAUAUUCAGUGAUAUGACUGAGCUCGAGGUCAAGGAAUUUGUUACUUGCUAUGAUUCGAGUUAUGAUAAGAGAGAUAUGCACCACCAUCGCCACCACCACCACCACCAGAGAGGCCUUACAAUCCCAUCCUCUAUUGAUUGGAGGGCCGAAGGAGCCGUCACCUCCGUCAAGUACCAAGGCAGAUGUGGUUCUUGCUGGGCUUUUUCGGCAGUCGCUGCCAUUGAGGGCUUAAACAAAAUCAAGAACCAAAGCCUAGUGGUCCUUUCUGAGCAACAGAUAAUCGAUUGCAAUAAAGCUAGCUACGCUUGCUGUGGAGGGUGGUACAGUAAUUCAUUUCAGAACAUCAUCACGUAUAAUGGGUUAACCACAGAGACCAACUAUCCCUAUACAUGCGAGUAUGUGUCUUGUGACAAUGGAACAAACGCCAAUCUCACUUGUAAGCCCUUAGAGAUAGUUCCUCCUUUGGUUACAAUUACAGACUAUGGAUGGGUAGAUUCAAACAAUGAGUCUGCCUUAAAAGAAGCUGUUGCGAUCCAACCAAUAUCCGUGGCCAUUGAUUCUUCAGGUGCUGACUUCCAAGGUUAUAAAGAAGGCAUAUUUGUGGGACCCUGUGGCACAGAGACCAAUCAUGCAGUGACGAUUGUGGGCUAUGGUACUGAUACUGUUGGAACUGGAUAUGAUUAUUGGAUCGUGAAGAACUCAUGGGGAACUACUUGGGGAGACCAAGGUUACAUUUAUAUGCGGCGUGGUAUCUCCGCCAAAGAGGGACUUUGUGGCAUAGCCCAGUAUCCUGCUUAUCCCAUCAAAUGAUCUACUACCUAUCUCAAGAGUGAAGGGGACAUACAUCUGGUAUGUUAUGUAAUGGAAUGUAUGAAUAAAUCUAGCACACUUGGGCCUUGGCCUGAUGGUUUGGAGUGCAUGGUGCUUGAUUUGCACCAAUUUCUUUGUUUUUCAAGAAGUGUGGCCUUGUGCCC